GGGAGGAGAAGCACCGAUGAUCUCGGGCUGAACCCGUGCCGCGACCAUGUCGGUGGCCUUCGCGUCCGCCCGGCCGAGAGGCAAAGGGGAGGUCACGCAGCAAACCAUCCAGAAGAUGCUGGACGAGAACCACCACCUGAUCCAGUGCAUCCUGGAGCACCAGAGCAAGGGCAAGGCUGCCGAGUGUGCCCAGUGGGACCUCCAGGGCCGACACGGAGUAGGUGCACGGGCUGGGCAUCAGAGCCACCUGGAGGGAGACGUGUACCAGCAGCUCCUGCACCGGAACCUGGUCUACUUGGCCACGAUCGCGGACUCCAGCCAGAACAUGCAGUCGCUGCUCCCUGCCCCGCCCACCCAGAACAUGAACCUGGGCCCCGGAGCGCUGUCCCAGAGUGGCGCCAGCCAGGGCCUGCACUCCCAGGGCAGCCUCAGCGACGCCAUCAGCACUGGCCUGCCCCCAACCUCCCUCAUGCAGAGCCAGAUCGGCAACGGUCCGAACCACGUGUCCAUGCAGCAGACGGCCCAGAGCACGCUGCCCACGACCUCCAUGAGCAUGUCCGGCAGCGGCCACGGUUCGGGACCUGGCUACAGCCACUCGGGACCCGCCGCGCAGAGUGUGCCCCUGCAGGGCCAGGGUGCCAUCAGCAACUACGUGUCACGGGCCAACAUCAACAUGCAGUCCAACGCAGUGUCCAUGAUGCAUCAGCAGGCCGCCUCGUCCCACUACAACUCGGCGCAGGGCGGGAGCCAGCAUUACCAGGGCCAGCCGUCCAUCGCCAUGAUGGGCCAGAGCGGACAGGGGAGCAGCUUGAUGGGGCAGCGGCCCAUGGCGCCCUACCGGCCCUCCCAGCAAGGCUCGUCCCAGCAGUACCUGGGCCAGGAAGAGUACUACGGGGGCGAGCAGUACGGCCACGGCCAGGCCGCCUCGGAGCCACUCAGCCAGCAGUACUACGCUGACGGACAUGGCGAUUAUGCCUAUCAGCAGUCGACCUACUCGGAGCAGAGCUACGACCGGUCCUUCGAGGACUCCACGCAGCACUACUAUGAGGGCGGGAGCUCACAGUACAGCCAGCAGCAGGCCGGGUACCAGCAGGGCGCAGCCCAGCAGCAGGCCGGGUACCAGCAGCAGUACCCCAACCAGCAGAGCUACCCAGGCCAGCAGCCGGGCUACGGGCCGGCCCAGGGAGCCCCCGCCCAGUACUCCAGCUACCAGCAAGGGCAAGGCCAGCAGUACGGGAGCUACAGGGCGUCGCAGACCGGCCCCUCGGCGCAGCAGCAGCGGCCGUACGGCUACGAGCAGGCAAGCUUUCUGGUCAUUUCCCCGCCCGCAGAUCCAAUGCCCGUUGAGACGUAACCGAGGUGUGAUGGGAUGCGCCAGCUGGCUGCCAGGG